AUGGCUUCCCUCACGCACGAUGACUAUACGGUCGCGUGGAUCUGUGCUUUGCCUCUGGAGGCGGCCGCGGCCCGCGCCAUGCUGGACAAAACCCACGCCCCACUUCCACAAACCGCCGAUCCAAAUGCCUACGAAUUGGGCGAACUUAAUGGCCAUCACAUAGUCAUCGCCUACCUGCCAAAUGGUGUAUAUGGAACAGUGUCUGCCGCAAAUGUCGUAUCUCGCAUGCUUUUGACCUUUCCCCGGCUUCGGUUCGGGCUCAUGGUAGGGGUUGGAGGAGGGGUUCCCAGCAAGAGCAAUGACAUUCGAUUAGGCGAUGUGGUUGUCAGCAAGCCAGGAGGAAAGCAUGGUGGGGUCAUACAGUAUGAUUAUGGCAAGGCUGUUCAGGGUGGACAAUUCGAGCCUACUGGUAUCUUGAAUCAACCACCACAGAUUCUUUUGACGCAUAUGAGCCAACUUCAAGCAAAGCAGAUGACGGGUGGCGAGAACGCGAUUUCGAAUUUGGUGAGUGAAGUACUGGAACAAAACCUCAAUAUGAAUGAAAGAUUCUCGCCUCCUGAAAGAGGCACAGAUUACCUCUUUCAUUCCUCCUACCACCAUGCCGCAAAGGAUCUUGAUUGUGAGAAAUGUGACAAAGAAAACUUAGUUACUCGACAGCCACGUACGAUGGGGACACCAUAUAUUCAUUAUGGAUUGAUUGCCUCUGGGGAUCAGGUGAUGAAGGACUCUGAAACGCGAGACCGCCUAGCCCAACAGCAUGGAAUACUCUGCUUCGAAAUGGAGGCCGCAGGCCUCAUGAACGAGCUUCCAACGCUUGUAAUCCGAGGGAUAUGUGAUUACUGCGAUUCACACAAACAGAAACAGUGGCAAGGAUUUGCAGCAUUGACAGCAGCAGCUUAUGCAAAACUUCUAUUGUUGGUCGUACCAGCCUACCAUACAUAUUCUAGCUCGUGGAAAAGCGAUAACACGCGGCACUGGAUGGUCUCUCUGCCAAGGAAUCCAAAAUUUAUCGGUCGCCGGGAUGAGAUUGAAAAGCUGGAAGAACUCCUUGUCGCGCAGGACGGGCCUAAAAGGAUAGCAAUCACCGGCUUAGGAGGAGUUGGGAAGACACAAGUCGCCCUGGAAUUAGCAUACCGCCUGCGAGACCAAGAUACGGAGUGUUCGAUUUUCUGGGUUCCAAGUACCAGCCACGCAAUCGUUGAGCAGUCAUUCCUGAAGAUCGCGGAAAUACUUGGACUGUGCGAAGGCAAGCCGGCAGAUAUUAAAGAACAGGUCCAGACCUACCUUAGCUCUGAGCGUGCAGGGAAAUGGCUCCUAAUUUUUGACAAUGCCGAUGAUACAGAAAUGUGGCUAUCAGACCAUGACAGAAGUCCAGCUCUCGAGGACCUUCUUCCCCAAAGUGAGCAAGGCCGCAUCCUAUUCACGACCCGCAAUCGGGAGCUUGCUGUGGAACUCACAUAUUCGAAUAUUGUUCCUGUGCCAGACUUGGAUAAAGAAGCUGCGCGAAACAUUUUUGAGAGUCUACUACUGCAAAAAAGCGUGCUGGAGGACAAUAGCAUCGCAGCUGCACUAUUGGAACAGCUAGCAUUUCUACCCUUGGCUAUCGCGCAGGCAGCCACAUAUAUCAACAAAAAACGCUUGGAUCUGGCCGCCUACCUGAAACUCAUUAAAAAUGAGGAAGAUGAGGCUGUGGAGCUUCUCAGUGAGGAUUUCAGGGAUCCAGGACGAUACAAGGAUAUUGAAAAUGCCGUGAUUACCACAUGGCUAGUAUCUUUCAAACAGAUUCAACAUCAAGACCCGUUAGCGGCGGACUAUCUGUCUUUCAUAGCAUGUAUCAACCCGCGGAAUCUCGAUGCUCUAGGGCUCUUGGACGCAUACUCCUUCACAACCCGCCAAGAGUCAGCAAUAAAUAUGCACAGGCUAGUGCAUAUUGCGACUCGAAAUUGGCUAAGAAAGAAUAGAUUGUUUAGUCACUGGAUUCAAAGAGUGGCGGAUCAACUGGAGACAGUCUUUCCAGAUAACCACUAUACAAAUCGCAAACUCUGGAGACACUACCUUCCUCAUGCUUUGGCGCUUGUGCAUGAUGAUGAGUUUUUCCCAAAACAGGAAGACUAUUUUAAUCUUGUCCAGAACAUUGCCGAUUGCCUUGCUAGUGAUGGAAGAUAUUCUGAGUCAGAGGCACAGAAGACAGUGCUAGGAGACAAGCAUCCUGAUACUCUUACCAGCAUGGCUAACUUGGCUCACACAUUGAAAUCCCAAGGAAGGCUUCCGGAUGCCUUGGCUAUACUUGGGGCAUGCUGCAGGCUGUGGACCGAAGCACUUGGGCCGGAUCACCCUGAUACCAGAAACUCUGUUGACAUUCUUGGUCACUGGCAGGUCAGAGAGUUCACCGGAGAUUGUAUCGUCAGGGAUGGCACCUGCAAUAGUCGCUCAGCCUUACCGUUUAUGGCACGUUGGACUUGCUCCGAGUCAGGGCCGCUCAGUACCGGGUUUUCUAUCUAG